GGGAGGGUCAAUGGUGCUGGAACUGAGUCGCAGACUCUUCUACAGUGCAAUGAAUGGGUCUGACAGUGUCUUGUCUCAGUGAAAGGUGGGUUUCCUACUGAUUUUUCCCUCUUGGUGUCUGCAUCUUCAAGGGUUCUACUUUCCAUUCAUGCUGACGUCACGCCGGCAAACUCUCGGCCAAACAUACUUAGUUCUGCCUCGUCCAGCGUUGCCUCCCUCACGUCACCUUGAACUCAACUGUUUUUUUAUUCUCCCCGGGGAAAUUAUGAGUCUAUUGACAUGGGCGAAUAAUUUAAUAUCCAUUAUAUACUCCUCUCUCAAUUCCAAUGCGAUGAAUGUGCUUCAAUUGAAGAAAAAGCAGACAGCACCGAGAUUCGUCCAGAAAACCGCCGACGGACUAGUCUCGGCCCGUAUCGGUUAUCUGCUGUUCGGCCACACGGAAGCUAAGCUGAUCUUGAUCUGUGCUACUCUGUUGCUGCUGUUUCUGCUGUCUCUCUGCUCGUCUGCUUCCAGCAAGCUUCCGCCUAUUACUAACUACUACUGCUAAACCAACUAGUCUAGACUCAUUUCAUUCCGCUUCAAUCCAAUUCGAUUCAUUCAAUAUCGGUUGAUCAACAACUCCCAUAGUCCUAGUUACACAUAC